AUGGACCAAAAAGUGACCAAUGCUCCGAAGAAAGUGCACAAGAAAGUGGUGACAACGAGUGACCGUGCCCGUGAGAACAUCGAUGGGAUGGAGUACAGUCCGUCACAGUGUAUGGAAGCUCCUGUACGUUGCUGUCGAGGUCUCGCACACCAGGAAAACCCCUACAUUCUACGAGGGAAGACAAACUCUGGCGAUAAAACAAAGGAGAAGGUGUUGGGUUUGAAGGUUCGCAAUAUACAUCAUCAAAAUAAAAUCAAUGGUGAAACAGUGGAGGUGUUACCAUCAGUAUACAUAGCAAAAAUGAUGAGGGAGAAAAGCCACAAAGCAACAAAGAUUCCAUUAAUUUUAACAGGAUCAGGACACACUCCCAGCACAGAAGCAUCAAAGAAACUGAAGAAAGGUCACCACCAUCAUCAGCACCACGCUCAUGGUCAUCAUGGUCACCACCAUGGUCACCAUGGAGAGUUUGGCUCACUAGGCAUGCUGAAGAAACAUCACAAGUUCCAUGUAAUCAAUCCAGAGCCAUCUGCAAUUAUGGAUGAUGACUUGCUAUUUAUGGAUGUAGACUGUGAUCCUCUUAUGAAGAUCCGUGAAAUACAGACUCGGGUUCCAAUGGGUGUCGAGGAUAUCGAUAUCAGUCACACCAGCGACCCUCUCUGUGUACCCGAAUAUGCCCAGGAAAUCUACCAUUACCUACAGAGUGUAGAGAAUCGUCAUACUUUGCCUGAUGACUUCCUCCACAAUAACCCAAAGGUCACAGCUCACAUGCAUGCCAUCCUCACUGACUGGCUCAUCCAAGUCCAGGUACACCAGCAGAUGUGUCAGCAAACCUUACACCUAACUGUGGCAUUAAUAGACCAGAUUCUCAAUAGAGUGAAGAUCUCACUGGCUGUUCUCCAGUUACUGGGCAUAACCUGUGUCCUCAUAGCAGCAAAAUAUGUAGAGCGUUUCCCUCCUGAGAUCACCAGUCUAUGUAAUCUGACUGACAAUACUUAUGAACCACAACAAGUCCUUGACAUGGAGAAGUUUAUCUUGAAGGAGCUGAAGUUUGACCUCAACAUCUGUGAACCGAUCAUGUUCCUUGAGAGAUUUUUAGAGGUGGAAAAUGAGGAUAAGGAGGUAGAACAUCUGGCACAAUAUCUCCUGGAUCUGUCCCUAACAUCGGUCCACUUUACCAUGUAUGUUCCAUCCAAGAUGGCUGCUAGUGCACUGCUAAUGUCCAGGAAGAUACUGGGGAGGAAAGGAUGGACUACAGGCCUGGGGUACUACACAAUGUACGCAGAGAAAGAUCUAACAAAGUGUGGCAAUGCUUUAUGUAGAUUGCUUCUCAGAAUCAACAAUGCAAAGUACCAAGGUGCCAAAAACAAGUAUACCAGCCAUUCCUGUUUCGGCGCCAUCAGUGAUCACCCCAGAGUUACUGACAAGGACCACCUCAAGAAAAUCUGUUGCCUGGAAACUGAAAUUCUGUGA